AUGGUAGCGGAGCCUGGUCGCGCCCACGGCCAGGCUCUCGUUCUCGCGCGCCGCGAUGGCCACAGCCGAGGAGCUGCUGCAGUGGAUCGUGGCCAUACAAGGAGUGCUGCAGCCAGAAUGGAGAGCAUCGGGGCGAUGGUGUCUGCGGAGCACAUUGCGAAGGUCAUCGGCAAGGGCGGAGCGGGUCUUCGCCAGAUCCGCGAGACGACGGGCAUCCAAGUGCAGCAGAACGACGGCAGCGGUGCCCCGCGCCGCGUCGACCUGAGCGGCGGCUCGGCACAGGUGGCCGCGGCCUUCCAGAUGCUGGCCGCGAAGGCGUUCCCGGACUCGGACGCCCACAUCUACAUCCCCGCCUCGGCCGCCGGGCAGGUUGUCGGCCGCGGGGGCGAGAACCUCCGCAAAGUCCGGGAGUUGUGCAACGUGCACCUCUCGCUGGUCCGUGAGCCCGAGACGAACGCCGCGACCGGGCAGCAGGAGCCGCCUCCUGACCAUGACCGGCGAGCCGGGGCAGCUGGGCACGGCCCUGCGCUGCGUGCUCGGCGACCGCGGCGGCCCCGGCAGCUUCAUGGGCGCGGGCAUGGGACCCAUGAGCGGCAUGCCCGGGCAGGGCGGCAUCUUGUCCCAGGUGCGCGCUGCGAGCACGAACCCCGACGAGGUCCAGAUCCACGUGGCCGUGCCCGACGGGCUGGCGGGCGCCAUCAUCGGCAAGGCUGGCGAUCAGAUCAAGCAGACGGCGGCCACCGCAGGCUGCCGCGUGUCGAUGUCCUCCCGGGAGAGCGGCGGAAAGCGCCACGCCGUGUGCCAGGGCUCGUUCUCGCAGUGUAUGACCGCGCAGCAGAUGCUGCACGACCAGAUCUGCACGGCCUCCCAGGCCGCAGGCCAGGCGCAGACCGACCUGAUCGUCCUCUUCAUGAUCCGCAAAGAGAGGCCGCCGGAGCGGUCAUCGGCAAGUCGGGCGCCAGCCUCAACGAGGUCCGCGAGAAGUCUGGCGCGCGCAUCCAGCUCGCGCGCGAGGACGCGGCUGGGCAGCGGCCAUGCUGCAUCUCGGGCACGCUCGAAGCCGUCACGACGGCCGAGAGCCUCAUCCACGACAUCGUCAAGAGCGCGGCGCCGCCUCCCGGCGCCGUGCCCACGCCAGGCCAGAUGCCAGGCAUGGUGGCCUGA